AGUCAGAGUGAGACCUCCUGCUCCCGGUGCUCUGUCAGCUGUGUGUAACGGAAGACAUUUUGAGCUGUUGCAGUCGGUCCGCUCCGGUAUUUGAGUGGCAGCCUGAAGUCGGGGCUGACGCGGGCGGAGAGCCACUCUCCAGACUGAGCCGUACUCGGUGCAAAAAUAAAAAAGACGAGAUCCGAAAGAAAACGGUUGUAGUUUAACGGCGUAUGUGUAGCCCAGCUAGCUAGCUUAGCACCACAGAAGCUAGCAAAGUCCUAGAUGCUAGUUAGUUAGCGUCACCUAGCUGGCCUGCCCUCCUCCUCCUCCUCCUUCUCCUCCUCCUCCUUCUUCACCUCCUCGACAGCCGGUCCCUUUCACCAGACACAAUGGCUUUAAAACGAAUUUCCAAGGAGCUAACCGAUCUGUCCAGAGAUCCUCCGGCUCAGUGCUCCGCCGGACCUGUCGGUGAAGACAUGUUUCAUUGGCAAGCUACUAUUAUGGGGCCUCCUGACAGUCCAUACCAGGGAGGGGUUUUUUUCCUGACUAUUCAUUUCCCUACAGAUUAUCCCUUCAAACCACCCAAGGUCGCCUUCACAACCAGAAUUUAUCACCCAAAUAUUAACAGUAACGGCAGCAUCUGCUUGGAUAUAUUGAGAUCACAGUGGUCUCCAGCAUUAACUAUCUCUAAAGUCCUUUUGUCCAUUUGUUCUCUGUUAUGUGACCCAAACCCUGACGACCCGUUAGUGCCAGAGAUCGCCCGCAUCUACAAAACAGACCCUGUUAGGUAUAACAGACUAGCCAGGGAGUGGACAGAGAAGUAUGCCAUGCUGUGAGGGGUACAACAAGACAGCUCAGGACUGGACUCAGAAAUACGCCAUGUGAUCCACCUCCGACUCUCACUGCUGGAAUAAAAACUUUGAUUUUCUCAUGUGGCCCCUUCCUCCCCCCUUCCUCCCCUCCUCCCCCUCUCCUCUCCUCCCUCCCCCACCGGUCUCUCAUCAGACGAUAACAGCAAUUUGUUCACAUUAUUUUGUCCCUCGUCCUCAACUCUAACGCUUUUAAAAUCCCUUUCUUUGCCCUUUUCUCUGCUUUCUAAAAAAUAAAAAUAAAACGAACAGUGAAGGGCUGAGGACUCUGAGCUGUGAAUGUGCCAACUGCAAAACCACAAACCAGAGUGGACUCACUCACUGAGGAGAGAACUGUUACAAUAAAUAAAAAGCUGCAGGAGAAUAUGAAUAUAUAAUAAUAAUUUAAUGCAUGUCAGUGAUUGGUUCAUGUGCUGCUGAGAACAGAUUUGUCCACUUUAAAAAAAGAAGAAGAAGAAACGACAGCUUUCUUUUGGGAGUUUAUUCUGUUCAUGUGUUUUUUUUUCUUCUUGUUUUUGAGGUUUUUGUUUUUAGACAAAGAGCCGUUAGUUCAUCAUUCAUCCACAACACUGUUCUCCUCUUUUUGCACUGAAGAUGAAACUCAAAGCUCUCGGCGGCUGAUUGAUCAACUAAUAGCUCUGUGAUGUUUUUUUUUCUCAAUAAAGUUGGAACAAAUUGCAA